AACAUUUUUUAAAGAGAAAAUGAGAAAGAAGAUGCACACCGCGUUACAGAGCUAUUCAACGGCAGACCUCUCUCCCAAGAGUCGUCGCGUAUAGAGGGCCAAUUGUCAUCCAAUUGCCAAUUGUUAACUUCUCACAAUUUACAAACCCACUGUUCUAAUGUAAUUUCCCAAGUUCUCAUCACCGACACCACCUCAUCCUACAUUCUCACACCACCAAGUCAAUUUCUCUCUCUCUCUCUCACCGACUCUCAGAUCUUGUUCUUCCUUCUUCGAAACCUAAGGGGCUUUCUAGCUUAUCAAUUCAAUCCUCAAAGCUUCAUCAUCAACGACAACAACAAUGGUGGCAAAAGGGAGAUACCCUCGAGGUCCUUCUCGGAAAUCGUCUUCUUCCACACUCGUUAUCGCCAUGGUAAUGAUGUUCUCUUUCCUCAUAGUCAUCCUUCUCGCUCUCGGAAUUCUCUCCAUUCCCAGCGCUUCUCGUGCCUCUCCUCAGGCACACGAUCUCACUUCCAUCGUUCACAACACCGUUGACAGGACUGAUGAAGAUGAUGGGGGUGCAGAUCAGUGGGUUGAAGUCAUCUCUUGGGAGCCGAGAGCUUUCGUUUAUCAUAAUUUCUUGUCUAAGGAAGAAUGUGAAUACCUAAUCGAUCUUGCUAAGCCCCAUAUGCAAAAGUCAACUGUUGUAGAUAGCUCGACUGGCAAGAGUCAAGAUAGUAGGGUACGUACGAGCUCUGGUACCUUUCUGUCUAGAGGACGUGAUAAAGUAAUUCGGAAAAUUGAGAAAAGGAUUGCAGAUUUCACCUUCAUACCUGUAGAGCAUGGGGAAGGACUUCAAAUUCUCCACUAUGAGGUUGGCCAAAAAUAUGAACCUCACUUUGACUACUUUGCUGAUGAGUUUAAUACAAAAAAUGGAGGUCAACGCAUUGCUACAGUUCUAAUGUACCUCUCAGAUGUUGAAGAAGGGGGUGAGACAGUAUUCCCUGCUGCCAAAGGAAAUUAUAGUUCUGUGCCUUGGUGGAAUGAGCUAUCUGAAUGUGGGAAAGGGGGACUUUCUGUUAAACCAAAGAUGGGUGAUGCAUUGCUUUUUUGGAGCAUGAAGCCUGAUGCAACUCUGGAUGCUUCAAGUUUGCACGGUGGCUGCCCCGUUAUUAAAGGGAACAAGUGGUCUUCUACAAAAUGGAUGCGCGUCAAUGAGUACAAGGUUUAAUUUACAGUCUGGAAGGUUUGCGAAUGAGUUCAUUUGGGUAUACUGUUGUAUUCUUUGUAUCAAAUGGUGAUAGAAUUUCAAGCGGGAGCUCCUCGGGUGUUGGAGUGUCAAAGUCUGGGAUAAAACCUUCAUACAUUAGUUACAUGCUUCAUGCCAUCAAUUUUGAUUUACAGACUAUCUUCCUUCUAACUUUUAUGCUUUGUUGGGUUUCCAUCUAUGUUGUCAUAAAAGGGUGGGGAAAUUUCAAAUGAACUUCAAACUUAUCAACUACAUAAGGAGAUUGAAUUGCUGAGUGAUUCACUGACACCUAAAUUCUGAAACAAAAUUAUAUAUAUAUUUGGUGAAUAUAUAGAUAUGGUUUUUUUUUA